AUUUCGCCAAAAGGAUAGACCGGAACCCUAAUACCUAUACGGCGUCCCAAGAUGCAGAUUUUCGUGAAGACCCUCACGGGCAAGACUAUCACCCUUGAGGUGGAGUCAUCCGACACAAUUGACAAUGUCAAGGCCAAGAUUCAAGACAAGGAGGGCAUUCCCCCGGACCAGCAGCGCCUCAUCUUUGCAGGAAAGCAGCUCGAGGAUGGCCGUACUUUAGCUGAUUACAACAUUCAGAAGGAGUCCACCCUGCACCUUGUCCUCCGUCUCCGUGGUGGUCUCUGAAUCUGCUCUAGUAUUCCUUCGGAGAUUUCUGUCUUCUUAGAAAUCUACUUCUGAGCUUUCUGUCUUAUAAAUUCUGUAGUUUGUCCACAACUAUCUUGUGCCGAUGCAGUGAGAACUCAGCACAUAUUACAUAUGAUCUUUGGUUGCUUAAA